AUGCAGCAGCCCCUAGGAGAUGGUGGCUGGUGCUCGCCAAGCGACUUGUGGGAUGCGCCUGAGGGGUGCAGCAGCAGCGAGCCCGAAGUCACCAGCAGGACUGCAGUGCAACGCGGUCGCACGGAGGCGGGGAACUGCCACUCUGUGUUGGUUAUCCACGGCACCAGCAGCAGACGUGGAGGCGCGCAUCUGAAUGAGGAUCGCCUCUCAAUCGCUCAGUGGCCUGUCUCAGGGGCUUUCCCGGAAGGCAGCAGUAGCAUCAGCAGUAGCAGCAUCAGCCUACGUCAAGAUUCGCUGGAGUGGUGGGGUGGCAGCGGAAGCAGCUCGCCGUCCUCCCUUCCGUCCAGCUCUGUCUCCUGCGUCACUUCCCCCCAGUGGUCUGGCUCGAUCGAUGCGCCUCAAGUGCAAGUCGGGGCUUUUGUGCUCCCCCCCACAUCCCCGCCUGUCGGCUCAGCGGCAGAGAAGUUUUCUCCCGCUGCAGCAGCGGCUGCAGCUAAGUUUCCCGAGGCGGAAACAAUGGGAGCUCUGGAUACCCCCGCCCCCUCUGCUGACGGUUUUUCCGGCCCUGCACGCGUUUGUUUACGUCGUCCUGGUGUCUUUCCCGUGCUUUUUUCUUUGGAAUCUUCGGAGGAACAGCCCCUUGAGCAGCAGCCAGCGUCUGCCUUCCCGCCGGGGAGCGCCGCGGGAGGCUUCGCAGGAUGCUGCCGUGGAGUCUCUGCCUGUUGCAGGCUCACGGAGGAGGCUGCUGUAGCGUCAGAAGCAGCAGCGGAGGAGCAGACGGGGGUGAGCGAGGGGGGCCCCCCCGGGCCGGCGGGGGCCCCCCCCGCCUUGGAGCCUCCGGUGAUGUCCGUCGACGCUGCCCUUGCAGCUCUCGUAGAAGGGCGGCUGAGUCUUCCGAGCCGUCAGCAGCAGCAGCGGAGACUCUCCCAUGCGGCUGCACCGUGCGAAGGGUGGGGAGUCUCCGUGUCUGCUGCAUGCAGCAGACACGGAGACUCCCCUGCGGCGGCGGCAAGUGAAGAGGACGCCGAUGCCACCAGCGAGAUCCUCGAAGCACAAGGCAGUCUGGAAGGAACCGCUGUAAGGGCCUGCGGAGAAGCUCGCGAACUGCAGAAGCAAAGCGCCGCCCGCCCCUCCAGCUUUUUGAUGAGUGUCUUUGAUGGGCACGACUCGGAUGUUGCCUCCGAGUUUGCUUCUCUAGCGUUGCCACUGCUCGCUGCCAAGCGCCUCCCCCCCCACAUCACUAGUGGCCAGGAGCAAGAAGUUGCUGCAGCCGCUGCUGCCGUCUUCGCCGCUCUAGACGAAGCCUUCAGGAAGAGGUGUACCGCCAUCGAGAACGUCUCAGGAACCGCUUGUACCAGCGGAUGCUGCGCUAUCAGCGCCUUCAUUCAAGGACCUCACUUGUUUGUGUUCAACUUGGGAGACUGCCGGUGCGCCUUUUUAGCCCUUGGAGACAUCAACGAGCCGGACGCCCUUCCAGCUUCUGCGGAUGCAGCAGAGGAACAGAAAGGUUUUUCUGACCUCCCCAAGCACAGCACACCCGGCAGCAGCAGCAGGAAUACAGGUCACAGAGAAAUAAUGCUGACAGUUUGUCGUUCGUCGCCGUCUCUUCGUGCUGCUCUAAGGCGUGCGGGUGCAGGUGUCUCUGCGGCUUCCCCCCAAGACGAAGGAGAAACGCAGACGCCAGUGGUUGUCACGUGGGAGCAGAAGCCUUAUUCGCAGGUGCUGCCGCCUCCGCAAGCAGACCCCUUUGCUGCCCCUCCCCAGUCCCCUUCUCUGGCUCUGGAAUCCUCUAGGCUGUUGCAGCUUGCCAGCAAAUCCGCUGCCGGAGAACUAGGGGGGAAGAAGCCAGGGAUCACUUUCCACUGGCUAAGCCGUGAUCUCAGGGCAAGUGCGCCCUACGAACUGCAGCGCCUCCGUUCCCUGAAUGCCACAGUGGAGGGUGGCAGACUGGGGGGUAUCCUUGAGCCUUCCCGCACUGUGGGAGACUUCGACAUCAAAGACAGUCAGCCUAAGGGGGCACUUUCCGCGCAGCCAGAGGUUGCAUAUUUGCAUCUGACUACUCCAGGCUUGCUGCUGCUUGCGUCGGAUGGCUUCUGGGAUUUUGUGGGGCCUGGAGAAAUUCUUAAAUGCUUGCAACAAGUGCAGGGUGUCUGGAGGCCUAUUGUCAAGAUAGAGAUGGCUGGCGCCACAUCGUGCACAGAGGCCUUUCCCUAUGUUCCCACGGCUGCUGCGCUCUCCCGUUUGGGCGACAAGUUACUGAGAAGAGCUAAACGCCUCGGAAGCGAUGAUGAUACUACGUGUGUCGUGGUUUUUCUGAAGCCCCUCUCGCAUGAGGAAUGCCCUCUGUUUUCCCCUGCAGCAGAACAGUUUGAACUGCAGAAGCUGCCAAACGAGCCCGAAGACAUGGGGUGUGUGUACACUGUGUGA